GAUGCUUUCAAUGUCAGACUUUCAUUGUAGAAUAUUUCUAAAUAUUGUUUUGCAAUUACAGUACAAAAAACGGACUAUGACCACCGUGCAACUCAAUAACUCAGCUGCGUCACAUGACUGAUAACAGCUUCUCCAGAUAAACACACUUUACAGCUGUGCUUCAACAGGAAGCACUUUGACAGGGCCUGUGCGGAGCAACAGCUCGUGCUGAGCCGGGUAUUUGAGCACCUUGCGCCACCUUGUGAGUGAACCGCUCCCUCGUCCGAGCCAACAUACACCUGUGACAAGAUGGUGUCACUGCUUUGCACUCUUAGAAACCACACAGACGAGGUCAGCUGCUGCGCUUUCUCUCCAUCUCUGCUCGCCACCGGCUCCGGUGACAAAACGCUCCGUGUUUAUAACGCAGCUGACUUCUCGGAGCUCCCCUUCUCUCCUCUGUCGGGCCACGGCUACGGGGUUCACAGCUGCUGCUUCAGCUCAUGUGGCAGCUACCUGUUCAGCUGCUCCACGGACGGAUCCACCAUGGUGUGGAGCUCGGAGACAGGUGAGGUGGCCGCGGUGCUGCACCACCCGGCCCGCAGUCCGCUCCGAGUGUGCGCCGUGGCUCCAGACUCCUCCCUGGUGCUGGCAGGGGCCUGCGAUGGCACCGUGGCCCUCUGGGACUUCCCCUCCAAGACAUUACGCAGAUGCAGUGCGGUGAGCGAGGCCAGUGUGGUGGCGUGCUGCUUUUCUCCCUGUGGUCAGAUGUUUGUGACUGGCUGCACCCACGGAGACCUCAAACUGUGGGACACGGACAUCAACUUCCUGCAUGCUGAGAAGGACGCCCACGAUCUGGGAGUCACCUGCUGCAGCUUUGCGCCGCAGUUUAAAGUUGAUGGCUGCUGUGUGGAGUUUCGACUGGCCUCCUGUGGACAGGACAGCCAGCUGCAAAUACGGAUUGUUUCCCAGCGUGAAGGAGCAGCUUGUGUCAUGAAGCUGCUUCACACUCUAACGUGCCAGUCAGCUCCAGUCCUGUCUUGUGCCUUCUCUUCUGAUGGAGAGCUAGUUGUCUCAGGUUCAGUGGAUAAAAGUGUUGCCAUAUAUGAUGCGAACCUGGGAACCCUGCUGCACAUGCUGAAACAGCACGACAGGUACGUGACUACUGUUGCUCUGUCUCCCACCAUGCCGUGGAUUGCAACCGGCUCCAUGGACAGAACUGUGAACGUGUGUAGAAUAGGAGAUGGAGUCAGCACAACUGAAGCUGAAUCAAGGCAGACAGUGUGCCAAGGAAGGAAGUUGCCGGGUCACUCCAGGCUGCUGGUUGCUGAUUGGUCAGAGGGGGAUGUGCAGACUUGGCUGUGUGAGGGAGGACUGCAGGAGCUCGUCAGCAUCUUUAAAGCCAACAACAUCGACGGAGCAGAGCUCAGCCAGCUGAACAAGGAAACGGCAGCAGAGCUGGGAAUUGAGUCUGUGGGCCUCCGUGGUCGUCUCCUGAGGAAAAUUGAAGCCUUGAAGGGAGAGCAGAGCGGUUCAGAGGCCCCCGACGAAUUUCUGUGUCCAAUCACCAGGGAGCUGAUGAAGGAUCCAGUCAUGGCUGCAGAUGGGUAUUCUUAUGAACGAGAAUCAAUUGAGAGCUGGAUAAGAGGCAAGAACAAAACCAGCCCCAUGACAAACCUGCUCCUUCAGACCACACUGCUCACCCCCAACAGAUCCCUGAAGAUGGCGAUAACACGAUGGAAGUCGAGCCAGUAGACAGAAGUUCCUUUCAGCAUGUUUGUCACAGCCAGCUUAACAGGUUCGCCAUAUUGUGGGGUACGCCUUACCCCACAAGGUUACCAUUGCCUGCUACAGCAUCAAGAAACAGUAUUUCGACAAACUAAUCAGGACAAAAAACAUAAAUGACCUUGCAGCCAAUGCACUACCUCAACUAAAAAAAAACAAGACUUCAUUUACUAUCUUAACCCCCAUGGUACGUAUUAUGAUGACAGUUGGGAAAAACAUGUUUGGAAUGUUUUUUGGUUGUAAAAUAGACCAAAUA